UUCUGGAUGUUGCGUAAUAUGCGUCGAUUACAUUUUCGCACAUGCGCAGUGUAACAGAUAAACAAUAUGGCUGCAUCGAUACAAGGACUCAAGUCUGUCGGGAGAUAUCUCUGUAAAAGACACUUACUGAAGACAAGUUCGUCAAAAUUGCUCGCAGAUGGAUCCCGUAGAUUCCUCGCUACUCAGGCUGCUCAGCAGGUGGCCUUAAAUGUUCCCGAAACUAAAGUGACCACUUUAGAGAACGGACUCCGUGUGGCUUCGGAGGACUCUGGGCUAAACACUUGCACAGUGGGUCUGUGGAUAGAUGCUGGCAGCCGCUAUGAGGACAUGAUAAAUAAUGGAACAGCACAUUUUCUGGAGCAUAUGGCCUUUAAGGGCACUAGAAAACGAUCCCAGAUAGAUCUGGAGCUCGAGAUUGAGAACAUGGGGGCACAUCUGAACGCAUACACAUCCCGGGAGCAAACUGUGUAUUAUGCCAAAGCUUUCUCCAAGGAUCUGCCACAAGCUGUGGAGAUCCUGGCUGACAUCAUCCAGAACAGCAAGCUGCAUGAAUCAGACAUUGAGAGGGAGCGAGGCGUCAUACUCAGGGAGAUGCAGGAAGUAGAGAGCAAUAUGCAGGAAGUGGUCUUUGACUACUUACAUGCUUCAGCUUAUAAGUCCUCAUCUCUGGGUCUGACAAUCUUGGGCCCAAGAGAGAACAUCAGAUCCAUCAAGAGAGGAGACCUCUAUCGGUACAUAACUACACAUUACAAAGGCCCCAGAACAGUGCUUGCUGCUGCUGGAGGAGUUGCACAUGAUGAGCUCAUCUCCUUGGCCAAGCAUUAUUUUGGAGGUCUCCCAGGCACAUACAAAGGUGAACCUCCAGCACUUCCUCCAUGUUGCUUCACCGGAAGUGAGAUCCGUGAGCAUGAUGACAAGUUGCCCCUGGCCCAUAUCGCCAUUGCAGUAGAAUCCGUUGGAUGGUCUCAUCCUGACACCAUACCUCUUAUGGUUGCCAACACUCUAAUUGGAAACUGGGAUCGCUCAUUCAGUGCCGGCGUGAACAUGUCCAGUAAGUUGGCUCAGAUGGCCUGUCAGGGAAAUCUGUGCCACAGCUUUCAGUCAUUUAACACUUGCUACACAGACACAGGUCUGUGGGGGCUCUACAUGGUGUGUGAGCCUGACACCAUUAAAGACAUGAUUCACUUCACUCAGAUGGAAUGGAUUUCUCUCUGCACGAGUGUAACAGAGAGUGAGGUGAAUCGUGCAAAGAACCUGCUGAAGACCAGCAUGCUCCUCCAUCUUGAUGGAUCCACCCCCAUCUGUGAGGACAUAGGCAGACAGAUCCUGUGCUAUGGUCGUAGGAUCCCUCUGCAUGAGCUGGAGGCCAGAAUUAAUGCCAUCAGUGCCGAUACCAUUAGGGACGUCUGCACCAAAUACAUCCACAACAAGCCUCCUGCCAUUGCUGCUGUUGGUCCGAUUGGAGAGCUGCCUGAAUACAACCAGAUCCGGAGUGGAAUGUUUUGGAUGAGAUCCUAAUCUCUUACCUGUAUAAUGGAAUAUAACCGUUUAUUCUGUAGUUUUUUCCCCUUCAUUUUAUUAUAAAAUAAAGACCAACAUCAUAAUGUUAAAAUAACAGA